AUGAAUAAUUUAUCAACAUCAGAUAAUUUAACAAUAGCUCAACAUGAAAUUGAUGAUAUUUGGCAUAAUAUCAAUAAGUCAACAUCAGAUCAUGUUUCUUAUUGGAUAUUAAUUGCAAGUUUUAUAUUUGCUAUUUUUGGUUCAAUAAGUAAUUUAAUGUCGGUUAUUGUUUUACGUCGUUUAAGUAGUCAAUCAUCAACAUUUGUUUAUUUAACUGGUUUAUCUUUAUCAGAUAUGAUUACAUGUGUAUCAAUAAUGAUGACACAUAUGAUUGAAUUUAUUGUUCUAACUCGUCGAACUACAUCAAUAAUAAUAUUUCUUCUAUAUAUUGAUAUUAUUUUUGGUGGAUUAGCUGCUGGUAGUCGUGUAUUAUCAUUAUGGAUAUCAACAGCAGUAACAAUGGAUCGUUGGAUAUUAAUUUGUUAUCCAAUUUAUGGUAAAACAUUUUGUACAUUAUAUCGAGCAAAAAUUAUUUCACGAACAUUAUUUAUAAUAGCAUUUCUUUAUUCAAUUCCAUUAUUUUUUGAAUAUGAAGUUGUUCAAAUGUCAAAUGUUUAUGCUAUGAUUGAUUUUAAUAAUGAAUCAUUAUCAUUAUUAAAUGAAAAUAUUCAACAAACAAGUAUGCUUAUUAGAAAAGGUUAUAGUGAUUUAGCUAAACGAAGAAUUUUUCGUUGGUCUUAUAUGUUUUUUAAUUGUAUAUUUGUUUAUAUAAUACCAACAAUAACAAUUGUUUGUUUUAAUUUACAAUUAAUUCGUGCUUUACAUCGUGUUAAAUCUCGUACAAAACUUUUAAAAAAAAAACAUCAUAAAAAUGUAAUAAAUCAUCGUUCUAAACAUUCUUUUCAAUCAAAAUAUUCUAUAACAAUUAUUAUUAUUGCUAUGGUAUUAACAUUACUUAUAUGUCGAAGUCCAACAAUUGUUCUUUGGGUUUUAUGGUCAUUUGAAUUAACAAUAAAAAAAUUUUUUGAUUCAACAUCAAGUUCAAUUGUAAGACGUUUUCAUAAUAUAGCAAAUUUAAUUGCAAUUAUAAAUGCAGCAACAAAUUUUUUACCAUUUUGUGUAUUUGGACAAUUAUUUCGUACUGAAUGUAUAAAUAUAUAUUGUUGUCGAACAAUAACAAAUGAACAAUUAUUACAACAAAAAAUAAGAAAAUAUAGUGGAAAUUCUCAAUAUAUACUAAAUAAUCAAAGAAUAAAAAAAUAUGACAAAAUUCAACAACGAAAAAUAAUUGAAAAUGAUAAUUUACGAAAUACUUUAUUAUUAAAUUCUGAAACAACAUCAUCAUUAAUUCAUUCAACAUCAAUUAAUUCUUCAACACAUAUAGUUAAAUUAUGUGAUUCACCAUUUCAUAUUUAUAGUCAUGUACAACAACCUUCGAAAAUAUCAUCAGUUACAACACCAUUAUUACAAGAAACAAUUGGUCUUUGA